UCUCUUCUAAAAUCUGAGUCACUGUUUAUUGCAAUGGCUCUCAAUGUUCAAAUUUACCCUCCAAUUUCCUCUCAUACUAAGACUUACCCCAAUUUCACUGUAAAAUCUUCGAAUUUCUGUCAUUUUCCAAUAUUUUCAGGCCUUUUUUCCAGGAAUUCCCUAAAUUUCACGAGAAAUGCCUCUGAUUUAUUCCCUUUUCCAAGAUCUUCAAGCCCAAACCAGCAAAAAUUAUCGAUAUGUAGUGGAGUUUCUGCUGAAUUUUCGUCGACUUUGGUCCCGGAAAGUGGCCAUGAUUCUUCGGAGUUUGGCAAUAAAAAAGAAAGUGAUUCCUCAGCGGUUCUUUUGGAAGUGAAGGAUUUGACUGCUGUUGUUGCAGAGUCAGGGCAGAAGAUAUUAAAUGGUGUUAACCUUACCAUUAGAGAAGGAGAGAUACAUGCUAUCAUGGGCAAAAAUGGUUCUGGGAAGAGCACUUUUUCCAAGGUUCUUGUUGGCCAUCCAGAUUAUGAGGUUACAGGGGGCAGUGUUGUUUUUAAAGGCAAAAACUUGCUAGACAUGGAGCCAGAGGAAAGGUCUCAUGCGGGACUUUUCAUGAGCUUUCAGUCUCCAGUUGAGAUUCCAGGUGUAAGCAACAUGGAUUUCUUGCGUAUGGCUUCUAAUGCUCAAAGAGAAAAACUUGGUCUUAAGGAUCGUGGUCCUCUUGAGUUUUAUGGUUUCCUUUCUCCGAAGCUGUCUGCCUUGAAUAUGGAUCCAAAGUUUUUGGACCGAAAUGUGAAUGAAGGGUUUAGUGGUGGUGAAAAGAAGCGGAACGAAAUUCUGCAACUUGCGGUUCUUGAGGCGGAUUUGGCCAUCUUAGAUGAAAUAGAUUCUGGAUUAGAUGUAGAUGCUUUACAAGAUGUAGCAAAAGCUGUCAAUGGGCUUUUAACCUCGAAAAAUUCAGUUCUGAUGAUCACUCAUUAUCAACGGCUUCUGGAUUAUAUAAGGCCUGGGUUUGUUCAUAUAAUGGAGGAUGGAAAUGUUGUUAAGACUGGUGAUGUCUCUCUCGCUAAGCAACUUGAAAAGGAGGGUUACAAAGCCAUCACUUCUGCAUAAAAAUCAGUAUAUGUGCUUACUUUAGUGUGACAUUCGUGUUUCAUGCGAUCAGAAUCUCUGCAAGAGAACCCACUUUUAUGUUUGCCAUGAUUUGGAGAGGCCCCUUGCACUCUAUCUGUGUAAAAGAGGGAUCAAAUCUCAGAAUUUUGAUUCUAUUGGUAUCUAUCUGAUUAUCGAGAAUGGGUAUGGAAUUAGGUCAAUUAUUUCAUCA